AUGAAUACUCAAGAUCCAACACCACCCACUUUUAUAACCAAAAAAUGUUGCCCUAAGUUCUCUCCAGUUUGGUCACACUUCACUCUUUAUGCAAAAAAAGCAGGCGGUCACUAUAGUGGUGCUUGUAAUUUUUGUGAAUUUAAAAUUUCAACCGCAACUGUUUCAAGUCUUAAAGAACGUUUGGCUAAUGUUUGUAAAAAUGUACCAGAAGCUGUAAAGCUUGAAUAUCUCAAAAAAAGGGCUGGUGAUAUUAAAGAGCCAAUUUCAGAUAAUUAUUCUGAUUUGCUUACUAAUUAUAGUAUAAAGCAACUUUUGUGCUGGGAUGAAUUUUAUCAACAUUGUAAAAUUGUAGCUGAUAUAUUAAAACCAAUUCGGCAAGGUUUAAAACCAACACUUUUUCGUCGAUUGAGUUUAAUUGCUACACAAAUGCUAAAAAAUAUGGGGCAUAAUAAGGCUGAUUGUCAAACUUUGGUUGCUCAAAUACGCAAAUUUGAUUUAAAACAAGUACCAUUUGAUUUACCUUAUGCUGAGAAUUAUAAUACUCCUUUAAUUUGGUGGAUGACAUGCAAAUCUUUUCCCAAUUUUCUUGAAACAAUAGCUAUUCGUAUUUUUGGUAUGACACCAUAUAGUGCUUCAUCUAUAGCUAAAAUUCAAAGAUUUUGUAUUUUAGAAAUGCAAAAUGAGUUACAUUAUACUGGAGAAAAGAUGUCUGUUAAAGAAAUGAUUAGAUUAUUAACUGAUUCAAUUAAUGAUGAAUUAGACGAAGAUGAAGAUGAAAAUGAUGUUGAUAUAGAUCUUAAAGAAGAUUUAGAAACAGUAAUAGAUGUUGAAAGUGAAGAUUUCGAUUUAGAAGAUUUAGUAAAUGAAA